GACCGGUGCAUGUGCGUGCAGCAGCGCGCGGGUGUGACUGCGUGUUGUGGCGCGAGCUGAGCGGAAGCUCCUCCAGCAGCUCUUUAAAUCUGACUCUUGUUCUUUUGAUGGCUGCUGCGGGUCCUCGCGGCUGCGGUCACGAGUGGGUAAUUUCUCACUGAGUGUGCGUGCCUUCUCACGCGCGUGCCCCCCCCCCUCCUCCUCCUCAGCGUGGAGGUGCGGGGCCACUACUGGCUGUGUUGUUGCGGCACUGGAUGGAUCUAACUCGCGUGUUUGCGGGUGAAGCCUCGGGCGGUGCACGCGGAGGGAAAUAAACCGGGAUUUUUUUCUCCACCUUGUUUCUCCUCCUCACCUGCGGGUCGGGCAGCUCCUCCGUGACGACAUGUCAAACUCAAACAAAAGCAAGAAGGACAAAGAAAUCCUCGCUGAGUACGAGAGCCAGGUGAAAGAUGUGCGGGCCCAGUUGGUGGAGCAGCAGCGCUGUCUGGAGCAGCAGACCGAGAUGCGGGUCCAGCUGCUUCAGGACCUGCAGGAUUUCUUCAGGAAGAAGUCGGAGAUCGAAACGGAAUAUUCCAGGAACCUGGAGAAGCUCGCCGAGAGGUUCAUGGCCAAAACACGCAGCACAAAAGACCAUCAGCAAUACAAAAAGGAUCAGAACCUGCUGUCUCCAGUCAACUGCUGGUACCUGCUGUUAAACCAGGUGAGGAGGGAGAGUAAGGACCACGCCACCCUCAGUGACCUCUACCUGAACAACGUCAUCAGCCGCCUCACGCACAUCAGCGAGGACUCUGCUCGCCUGCUGAAGAGGAGUAAGGAGAUCCUCUUCCAGCUUCAGGAAGACCUGAUGAAACUUCUGAACGAGCUUUACACUGUGAUGAAGACGUAUCACAUGUACCACGUGGAGACGAUCAGCGCGGAGACCAAGCUGCGGGAGGCAGAGCGUCAGGAGGGCCGUGUGAAGGGCGUGUCGGGGACGGGCGGAGGGGUGGAGCCUGUGUUCGGCCUCCGGAUAGAAGAGCGCCACCAGAGACGCAACGCCGCCCGCAAGAUGGAGAAGAUGAGGGAGAAGAGGAAGGCGAAGUACUCCGAGAACAAACUCAAGACUCUUAAAGCCAGGAACGAGUAUCUGUUGACUCUGGAAGCCACCAACGCCUCCGUCUUUAAAUACUACAUCCACGAUCUGCCCGAUAUCAUCGACUGCUGUGACCUAGGGUACCACUCCAGUCUGAGCCGGGCUCUGAGGACCUACCUAUCAGCUGAGCUGAGCCUUGAAGCCUCCAGGAGGGCGGGGCUGGAGGUGCUGGAGGGGGCCGUGGAGGGCCUGGACCCCGCCCGAGACAGGCAGCGUCUGCUGGGCCUCUACCCCACCGCCUUCUGCCCCCCGCAGCGCUUUGGCUUCCAGGCACACAUGGGAGACGCAGUGACCCAGAUCGCCUCCCAGCCGCAGGUCCAGGCUGAGCUGACGCUCCGCCUCACGCAGCUGCAGACCCGCCUGGCGUCUCUGAAGAUCGAGAACGAAGAGGUGAAGAAGACCUGGGGGGCGACUCUGACCACCCUGCAGGACAUGACGGUGCUGGAGGACUUCGACGUCUCUCAGAGCUUCACCCACAGCCCGUCCUCCGAGUCGGUCAAGUCCAGCGUGUCGGACGGAUACUUGAACAAACCGAGUCUGGCCAAGAAGCGAGCCAAUCAGCAGGAGACGGAGCUCUUCUACUUCACGAAAUUCCGUGAGUAUCUGGAGGGCAGUAAUCUGAUCUCCAAACUGCAGGCCAAACAUGACAUACUGAAGAAAGCUUUAGCAGAAGGAUACAAAGCUGAGCUGCUGACUACCAGUCGCGGGCGGAAGAACUCCCACAGCAAGCACCAGGAUUCAACCAAAGCCAUACCUUUGCUUGUGGAGAGCUGCAUCCGCUACAUCAACCUACACGGUCUUCAGCAUCAGGGUAUAUUCCGGGUGUCAGGGUCACAGGUGGAGGUCAACGACAUCAAGAACUCCUUCGAGAGAGGUAACGACCCGCUGAUUGACGAGGAGAGCAACCAUGACAUCAACUCGGUGGCCGGAGUGUUGAAGCUUUACUUCAGAGGUUUGGAGAACCCGCUGUUCCCCAAGGAGAGGUUCAAUGACCUCAUUUCCUGUGUCCGGAUCGAGAACAUGUACGAGAGAGCGCAGUGCAUCCGUAAGAUCCUGCUGGGCGUCCCCAGGGCGACGCUGGUGGUGAUGCGUUACCUGUUCGCCUUCCUCAACCACCUCUCCCAGUACAGUGAUGAGAACAUGAUGGAUGCUGGGAACCUGGCCAUCGUCUUCGGCCCCACCCUCCUGCCCACACCGGACACGCUGGACCAGGUGGCCUGUCAGGCGCACGUCAACGAGGUCAUCAAGACUGUGAUCCUGAACCACGACAACAUCUUCCCCGACACCAAGGAGCUGCCCGGCCCCGUGUACGAGAAGUGUAUGACUGGAGACCAGUACUGCGAGAGUCCGUUCAGCGAGCCGGGGGCGUUGGAGGAGGCCGAGCCCGACGGCGGCACAGAGACCCAGACCAGCGACGAGGAGGGCGAGGGCGUGGAGGCGGUGGCGAGGUUCGACUAUGUGGGCCGGUCGGGCCGCGAGCUCUCCUUCAAGAAGGGAGCGUCCCUGCAGCUCUUCCAGCGAGCGUCACAUGACUGGUGGGAGGGACGGCACAACGGCAACCACGGCCUGGUGCCUCACCAGUACAUCGUGGUGAAGGACAGGGCCGACGUCAUGUCCGACACGCUCAGUCAGAAGGCGGACAGCGACGGAGGAAGCAGCAGCACCGACGACAAGAGGUCCAGGAGCGAGCUGAGCUCCCCCACUGACAUCAGACCACCGGAGACCUACAACAGUCACAGGAGGAAGAGGACCGACGGUUUAUUCCGCCGCCCCCUCGGCCGCUCCAACGACAACCACUGCCACGGGAACGGAGGUGUGAUGGAGAGAAGCUCCCCGCCGGUGACGGGUCACUUCAGCCCCAGGGAGCUGCUGCUGGGGCGGGGCCAGGGCUUGACCCCGCCCCUUGACAGCCCUGAGCGCCGCCGCCGCUCAGCUGCCGCUGUGACCAUGACAGUGAGCCGGCAUGACUCGCUGCGGAGGCCGGAGGACACGCCCAUCAGGCGCUCGAGCAGCGGGCAGCACGGCUUCAGUGAGUCCCAUCGGUCCAGAGCGCUGGACCCCGACACACUGGCUCAGGACAUCGAGGAGACGGUGACAGUGGCUCUGGGGGAGCUGAGGCAGCUGGAGCGGCAGGGCUGCCGGCCGGCUCCCGACGUGGUGCUGGACACUCUGGAGCAGGUGAAGAACGGCCCCGUCACCGCCUGCUCCUCCGAGUCUCCCAGCCCCCACAGCACCCCCAGCACACCGGGGACCCCAGGCACCCCCGGGACUCCCGGCACCCCCGGCACCCCGAGCCCCCUCAGCCCCCUGAGCCCCAUCAGCCCGCUCCCCGGACCUCCGCCCGGACCUCCCCGACCAUCCAACCCCUCCCCCGACACCCUGGGCUCCUUCAAGCCCGUGGCAGCUGCUCGCAUGGGGGCUCCGCUGCGGCCCCCGGCCCUGAGGCCCAAACCGAUGGUCCCGCCGAAGAGCAGCACCCCGCCUCUGCCCCCACCGCUGGACAAAUCCUGCACCAUGUGAGCCAAAACAGGCCGAAGAAGGCCAAAUCAGGCCUACCCGGGCCAAAACUGGGCCAGAAGAGGAGAUCAGGGUACUGCUUAGUGUUUAUAAUCAACAUGAGGGUAGAAAGGGUAGGACAGAGAAAAGGGUUUUACUGUAGUAAUAAACUAUAAUAUAUGACAUGACCUAUGAUAUGAUAUGCCAUGAUAUUUCUGUGUUGUCAGGUUGGUGUGUACUCUCUCUUGGUGUGUAGGAGUUUCCUUUCUCCAUGUAUCGAAGCAUUUAUCAGAGGUUAGCUAAAAGAAGUGCAGAAGAAGAAGAAGAGACACAGGAACGAAGCGGAGCGUCCUGUCCUGUAUAUGAGUCGGCGGUAGUCGGGGAGACGUGGCGAGUGUAGUGCAGCUCCAGUAAAAAUGUAGUUUCAGUGAAUACGUGAAUGUUGGCUGUGCUGUCAUGACGAUAGGCUAGCUGAGGAGCCCGUCACCAACAAGGCCGCUGUGUUGGUAGAAACUGUCCCGAUGGAUGGGCUGCUGCGUCUGUCAGAAGGAAGAGGACCCGGCAGAGUGACGGCAACGACCACGUCUGUGCGACUUAUAAUUUAUUUUUUUAUUUUUCCACUCGGUUCAGCUGCUAAGCUCACUUUCACCUCAAACCACGAAAAACGCCUCCUGAGGUCGUCAGUGACACCAAACUCACGUUAUCUAACCAACGUCCAGCUAUCUAAUGAAUGUUUCCAGUAUUUAACGACUGUUCAGCCAUCUAUUGAAUGUUCAGCGAGCUGCUGCGGCGACUCACGAAACUUUUUAACAGCCUUCUUGUGUUUUCGGAGGGUGGGGGAGGGGGCGGAGCUUCAAACAGGGUGUGACGGUUGAGUGGCGGAGGAGCUUGGACAGAACUUUUUUCUGGGAUGGGCGGGGGAGGGGAGGGUGUAUGAUUUUGUUCUUGUUGGUGUGUGUGAAGACGAGUGUGUGUGUGUUCUGCUUGCCUGCCCUUGUUCUGCUCCCUUGUAAGUGCAGAGGCACUAGAAUAGUGAUAGAUGAUAGAAUAUUCAUGCCUGCCCUGAGUGCCAGAACACGCAAGUGCAAGUUGGGAAAACGAGAGCAAAAAGCAUGCCACUUCCUGUGCGUGUGUGUGUGUGUGUGUGCAAGGAUAAUGGUUUACCUGCUUGUGAAGUCACUGAAGUCACUAGUUAACCUUAAAUUCACAAUAAGCUAACAGGGUGGGGCUUUGUGUGUAAACGCCCAAAAAAACAAACAAAAAAAGAAACACUUGAACAGCACACUGAAUGUGGCCUCCAACUGGGCUGGUAACUGAUGUGUGUGUGUGUGUGUGUGUGUGUGUGUGGUGCUGAGAUGGGCUAUGGAUGCACAUCUGUGUGUGUGUGUGUGUGUGUGUGUGUGUGUG